AAAUUACUGAAACAGAUUAUCAAAAAAAAAAUUUGACGAGCCGGGUUAUUUUACUUGAUGAUUGAAGAAAAUGUGCAGGAAAUUAAGAAAGAAGACCGUAGUCCUGAAGUCUGUUUAGUUGUUAGUUGGGAGAUGUACGAGAGCCCAACCAACCACAGGCUUCCUUCAAAGUCCCGCAAAAUUUUUUUCAAAAAUUCCCUCCAUCCGUCCACAGAGGAACAGACUUUGCUUUUCAUCUUCACUCCUGACACCAACACCUCAACCUCCAUUUGCCAGCCAUCUGUAUCAGUAUUCAGUAUCAUGCAUCAACCCGCCACCCUCCUUCACCUUUACUAAAUAACUUGCCAUUUCAACUGCAACCCCCUCCCAAUAUAGUAUUGUUUCUCCCCUUCUGUUAUAGGAAUAGUUUUUUGUAUACUUAUAAACAACAAGGAUUGAAGGGAAAGGAGCAAAAUAGAGGGGGUUCCAGGAAUUGAUCCAAAAAUGAUGGAAUCCGGUGUUCCUUUGUGCAACACUUGUGGUGAACAAAUUGGGUUGACUUCAAAUGGUGAAGUGUUUGUGGCUUGCCAUGAAUGCAAUUAUCCCAUUUGUAGAUCCUGUUUUGAGUAUGAAAUCAAGGAUGGUCGGGCUUCAUGUAUUCGCUGCGCCACUCCAUACGAUGACAGCUCGUUGAUCACUGAUGGCAAGGCAGAUGAAUCUGGAGGGCAUACCACUAUGGCUUCUCACCUUAGCAAAGACCAGGAUGUUGGGCUUCAUGCCAGGAACAUUAGUAGUGUUUCCACGGCAGACAGUGAAUACAUUGAUGAAUAUGGGAAUCCAAUAUGGAAAAAUAGGGUUGAAAGCUGGAAGGAGAAGAAGAAUAAGAAGAAAAAAGAUAAAAGUAAGCCCGUGAAAGAAGUUCAAAUUCCUGUAGACCAGCAGAUGGAAGAAAAAGGACAAUUGGCAGAGGCUUCUCAGCCUCUUUCCAUUGUAGCUCCAAUACCAAGAACUCAACAGACUUCAUACAGGAUUGUAAUCAUAAUGCGGCUGAUCAUUCUGGGGCUUUUCAUUCACUAUAGAGUGACACAUCCUGUUGAUAGUGCAUAUGCUCUAUGGCUUACUUCUGUUAUUUGUGAGAUCUGGUUUGCGUUUUCGUGGGUUUUGGAUCAGUUCCCUAAAUGGUCCCCGGUCAACAGGACUACAUUCAUUGACAGGUUAUCAGCAAGGUAUGAAAGAGAAGGUGAACCAUCUCAGCUUGCUGCUGUCGACUUCUUUGUCAGUACAGUUGAUCCUCUAAAAGAACCUCCGCUGAUAACUGCCAACACUGUUCUUUCAAUUCUUGCUGUGGACUACCCUGUUGACAAGGUUUCCUGCUACGUAUCUGAUGAUGGUGCUGCAAUGCUCACAUUUGAAUCACUUGCUGAAACUGCUGAAUUUUCCAGAAAGUGGGUUCCAUUCUGCAAGAAGUUUGCUAUUGAACCACGAGCACCUGAAUUUUACUUCUCACAGAAGUUUGAUUACUUGAAGGAUAAAGUGCAGCCAUCGUUUGUGAAGGAACGUCGAGCGAUGAAAAGAGAAUAUGAAGAGUAUAAAGUAAGGAUAAAUGCAUUGGUAGCCAAAGCUCAAAAAACUCCAGAUGAAGGCUGGACAAUGCAAGAUGGAACACCUUGGCCAGGAAAUAACACACGGGACCAUCCCGGCAUGAUUCAGGUAUUCCUAGGAAAUACUGGUGCCCAUGACAUUGAAGGAAAUGAACUUCCUAGGCUGGUUUAUGUUUCAAGAGAGAAGAGACCUGGAUACCAACAUCACAAAAAAGCUGGUGCUGAAAAUGCUCUGGUACGGGUGUCUGCAGUUUUGACAAAUGCACCAUACAUUCUCAAUCUUGAUUGUGAUCACUAUGUGAACAACAGCAAGGCUAUUCGUGAGGCAAUGUGUUUCCUGAUGGAUCCACUAGUUGGAAGGGAUGUAUGUUACGUUCAGUUCCCACAGAGGUUUGAUGGUAUCGACAAAAGUGACAGAUAUGCUAAUCGCAAUACAGUCUUCUUCGAUGUUAACAUGAAAGGGCUGGAUGGCAUUCAAGGUCCGAUGUAUGUGGGUACUGGAUGUGUUUUCAACAGGCAAGCACUCUAUGGAUAUGGACCGCCCUCCUUGCCCAAUGCAACCAAGGUUUCCUCAUCUCAUUCAAGCUGUUGCUGCUGCCUGCGUAAGAAGCCUGCAAAAGAAAAAGAUCCUGCAGAAAUUUAUCGUGAUGCAAAAAGAGAAGAUCUGAAUGCUGCCAUUUUUAACCUCAGGGAAAUUGAGAGUUAUGAUGAGUAUGAGAGGUCAUUGCUGAUCUCACAAAUGAGUUUUGAGAAGACAUUUGGCAUGUCAUCUGUGUUUAUUGAGUCCACAUUGAUGGAAAAUGGCGGUGUAGCUGAGUCUGCAAAUCCAUCCACAUUGAUCAAAGAAGCAAUCCAGGUUAUCAGCUGCAGUUAUGAAGAGAAGACUGCAUGGGGUAAAGAGAUUGGAUGGAUAUAUGGUUCGGUGACAGAGGAUAUCUUGACGGGGUUCAAGAUGCAUUGCCGUGGAUGGAGAUCAUUAUACUGCAUGCCGGUAAGACCAGCAUUCAAAGGAUCAGCGCCAAUCAACUUGUCUGAUCGUUUGCAUCAGGUUCUGCGAUGGGCCUUGGGAUCUGUUGAGAUUUUCCUGAGCAGACAUUGUCCUCUGUGGUACGGAUGGGGUGGUGGCCGUCUUAAGUUGCUUCAAAGACUUGCAUACGUCAACACCAUUGUCUAUCCUUUUACAUCGCUUCCGCUAGUAGCUUACUGUAUAUUGCCAGCUGUUUGUCUCCUGACUGGAAAAUUCAUCAUACCAACGCUAUCAAAUCUCGCAAGUGCUCUAUUUCUCGGGCUCUUCAUUUCCAUCAUAUCCACGAGUGUGCUAGAGCUGCGAUGGAGUGGUGUAAGCAUCGAAGCUUUAUGGCGUAACGAGCAGUUUUGGGUCAUUGGAGGUGUAUCUGCCCAUCUUUUCGCAGUGUUCCAAGGAUUUCUCAAAAUGCUGGCGGGUGUUGACACUAACUUCACAGUUACAGCGAAAGCAGCGGACGACACAGAGUUUGGAGAACUGUACAUGAUCAAAUGGACAACAGUUCUGAUCCCUCCAACAACCAUCAUCAUUAUCAACAUUGUUGGUGUGGUUGCUGGAUUCUCUGAUGCAUUAAACAGCGGAUACGAGUCUUGGGGACCGUUAUUCGGCAAAGUGUUCUUCGCAUUUUGGGUGAUUGUUCAUCUAUAUCCUUUCCUCAAAGGUCUAAUGGGGCGCCAAAACAGGACACCAACCAUUGUUGUGUUAUGGUCUGUGCUAUUAGCCUCUGUCUUCUCUCUUGUUUGGGUUAAGAUAAAUCCAUUUGUGAGCAAAGUGGAUCCCUCUAAACUGGCUCAAGGCUGCAUUUCAAUUGACUGCUGAGGUUUUGGACCAGACAAGACUUUUUUGCUUAAAUUUUGGAACUACUCAUCAUCAUCUCAUAUAUGCUUUGUAGCUAAGAUAUAAGUUUAUAGAAGAAAAGAAUGUAUGAAUUACAAUUUGCUCAAUUGUUGAGUGUUCAAAAAGGAAGAAUCAUUCUUCAACAAAGAAGAAAGAAAUGAAUGGAUAUAGUCAUUUUAGUAUUGUGAUAGUUGUUUGAUAAAAAUAUGUAGUUCCUUUCUACUUUUGCUUCAACAGGAAGAGUGAACCAAAUUCUCAAAAAAAAGAGUCUUAUUUUUUAAAAAAUACUCCCUCU